CGUACACAUUGCCAUUGCUAAGCAAUUUUGUGAUGAAUAUAUAUUUCAUUAUUUGUUCAGGCUAUUUGUAUUGAAAUCAGAAGUUCCUGAAAUGUUGAGUGAGAACGAUAUGCCCAAAAUAUAUUCUGGUGAUGAGGAUUCUGAUGAAGAUGAUUUUGAUCCCAAUUUCACCAGAGGAUUUCUUGACGACUUUUACCGUAUUCGCAAAGACGUCACUGAAAAAUUAAAACAAUUUUCUUGGAUAAAUGGAUAUUGCGGGAUAACGUUCAACCCAGAAGCACGUUUAUAUGUGACUGUAGUAAAGGAGAGAGAAAAUCAUGAAGAUUCUUUGAAGAAUGAGAUCAACGACAAAUUUGGAUGGAAAGCGUCUGAUUAUAUUGAUUUUCGUUAUGCCGAUAGCUCAUUACCGACGUUUCGGUAUUUGUCAAAUUUGAAAGUAAAAGAAAAUGAAGGUCGUAACCCUUUGAAUGCAGUUGAUGAAGAUAGAGGUUCUUUUGGUACAGUGACAAUGUUUUGUAGAAAGAAUAGUCAAGACUAGUAUUGAGUUGUGCGCAUUGCAUGACUGACCUAGUUUCAAUCAACACGUCAUGGAGAUCGAAAA